GCCCUAUGAGGUGUGGUGGAGUCCGGCCCGCCACGGUCUGAGCACAGAAAAGUCGUUGCGAGCUGUUCGUGUGGAAAUGACGACCUGCAGUCUAGUGUUGUUGAAACAAGCCAUGCCAUCUUAACCAUAAAGCCGUCAACACGCACCUUCAAAGCUAUAGGGUAGCAAUCAAGUGUGACACCAAGAGAAGAUCUGCUUAUGCUGGCUGACCCCUAUGUAUCGGGGUUGAUGCCUUUUGCAGACUGCUGUGCGAAGUGGGAAGGCUAAAGCUGCGGCUGACCACUGUUCAUAUCAUCCGGAUUACGCAGACAGCGUACCGAUGACGAAGCGAAGUGUUUGCGUAAACGAUAUCUUAUGAUCGCCGCAAGGAUGAGCGAUUGAAUUCAAGGGUGAUCCCUAUAUCCAAGUGACCGGCUGUUGAUGUUGCCGAGAGAAAUGGCAGUUGUGGUAGUGAACUGAGCUGUUUGUAAUCUGCGGGGUUGGGAACACAGGAUGAACGGUCCCGAAGAAGUGCCUAUCCUUGUAUGAUUAUGUUUGAAAGUAGCCUGCACGUACUCUGGACUACUUUCACGUGCUUGGGUAGACGCCUAGAUUGUUUGAGACAAGGCCACGUGACUGCGCGUUGAAACUUACCUACGUAGUAAUGCCCGUGGACGCGUCUUCUGCACCUACGCAACUGUACCAGAUGCCACAAUGUCGAAGCAACAAAAGGUUACUGCAUAUCAGGAGCGCGUUUACACAGCGCUCCAACAGAUCCCAGAAGGUCGCGUCACAACAUACGGCGCGUUGUCAAAAGCAUUGAACAGCUCUCCACGAGCGGUAGGCGGAGCGUUACGCGUCAACCCGUUCUGUCCAGAAGUACCGUGCCAUCGCUGUAUCGCUAGUACCGGUUUUGUCGGUGGUUACAAGGGCGAUUGGGAGAAGGCGCCAAGCGGGCAGAACCAGGACUCGAAAUUACAGCUAUUGAAAGAAGAAGGCGUCUCGUUUGAUGUCAACGGAUUUCUCGUCGAUAAAAAGUUGCUGUGGGAUGAUUUUGAUCUGCAGAAGCUGAAGUAG